AGCGUGUGCAUAUGGUAUAUUUUAUCUAAAAGUCGAAACCAAACUAUCAACCCCCAUUCUAUCCACCAAGAACCUGACCACCAAUGUCUCAGCCAAUGAUUAUACUCUAUGAUGUUCCUUCCAGCAAUAUACCCCAGCCUUGGGCACCUAACAUAUGGAGGAUACGCCUCAUACUAAACUACAAGCGGUUGCCCUAUCGAACUGCUUGGGUCGAGUUCCCCGACGUGGAGAAAACUCUGCGCUCGAUUGGGGCCCCGCCUACAUCUGUCCGCAGUGAUGGUCGCCCCGUUUACUCCCUCCCUGCCAUCUUUGAUCCAAUGUUCUCACAGACUCAGCCCGUUGUUCUCUCGAACCCUCAUACCAUCGCCGAAUACCUCGAGUCGACAUACCCAGCACGCCAAAUCUUCCCAGAAGGGUCUCGUGCUUUGCAAACGUUAUUCGUGCAUUAUAUCCAAGAUAUUUUCGUAAAGCCUCUGUUGCCUAUCAUGGUGCCCCUCAGUCACCAGCGCCUGCCCGAGCGUAGUCAAACCCAUUUUAGACACGGGAGCUAUACUCCCUUACCACCUCCGAGCUAUCUGUCUGUCCCUCCUGAGCGCGAACAGGCAUGGCGGGCCGUACAAGACCAGUUCAACUUUCUGGCGGGAGUGCUGGACAAGAACUCGGGGACAGAUGGAGAUGGAGUUGUCUCUAUGGGGCAUGAGGUCACAUAUGCUGAUUUUGCCGUGUGCUCUGUAUUGAUUUGGGUGGAGAAGGUUGCGCCGCACGAUGGGUGGGCGAGAAUCCGAGGGUGGAACGGUGGUAGGUGGAGUAGACUGCGGGAGAGAUGCCAAGGUUACAUGGACGCCUUCUAA